AUGACUAACCAAGUACGACAGUCAUUGCUGUAUGACGCGUCUUUGGCUGAACAUGGACUAGAACCAUUUGAAUCUAGUGGGAGUGAUGUUGAGAAGACGAGUAGCAAGAGUAUUCGUAGUCGUACUCGAGGCUUUGGUAAAAAGAUAGGCACUUAUGGAGGGGUUAAAUUGAGAAUAUUCCGUAAAGUGUCCUUAAGAGUAUGGCUUAUUGUAGCUGUGAUUAAUAUUGCUAUAACGACAAUCAUCACCACAACUAUUCAAGUAUCGAAAUCCAAACCAAUGGAUCUUGCUUCGAUGCAUCCAGAUGAUAUUCCAUUGAGUUAUACUUCAUUAGCAUCCAAGAAAGAUGCACCAUUUGUAGAAGGGUGUCAAAUCCCUGAUACUACACAACCAAGAGCAGAUGCAGCAUUUGUAGUUUUGGUUAGAAAUUCCGAAUUGGAUGAUGUGAUUAAAUCAAUGAAUUCAUUGGAAAGACAUUUCAAUCAAUGGUUCCAUUAUCCAUGGGUUUUUCUUAAUGAUGAACCAUUUAGUGAUGAAUUUAAAGAAACCGUUAAACAAUAUACAAGUUCAGAAAUUGAAUUUGGUCUUGUACCACAGAAAGAAUGGAAUUUCCCAAAUGAAGUUGAUCCUCUUGAAUUUUAUGAGAGUAUAGAAUCUCAAGGUGAUAGAGGUAUAUUAUAUGGGAAUUUAGUAUCAUAUCAUAAAAUGUGUCGAUUUUAUUCUGGAUAUUUCUAUAAACAUGAACUUGUUAAAAAGAGAGAAUGGUAUUGGAGAGUUGAACCAAAUGUUGAAUUUUUCUGUGAUAUUACUUAUGAUCCAUUCAUUGAAAUGGAAAAACAUAAUAAGAAAUAUGGAUUUAAUGUAUUAAAUAAUGAAUUUUAUUAUACAGUUCCAGGAUUAUUCAGAGAAACAAAGAAAUAUAUCAAUGAGAAAAACAUUCAAUUAGGAAGUUUAUGGAAGUUAUUUAUUCAUGAUUCCAAAUAUACAUAUGGGAAAAAUAAAUCAAAAUAUGAUGGACUUACAAAUAAACAACAAGUUGCAAGUGAAGCAAGUAAAAAUAUGAUCCUUGAAAAAUUUUUAGAAUUAAGAAAUAAAAAGGAUUCAGAAGUUGAAGAUUUUGAUUCUGAAAUUAUGGAUAAAUUAUUUGAAGGAGUUGAUAAAAAGCCUGAAUUAUAUGAAGAUAGAAUUGAUCAAGAAGAAUAUAAUCUUUGUCAUUUUUGGUCUAAUUUUGAAAUUGCAAGAACUGAUUUAUUUACAAAUCCAGUUUAUGAAGAAUAUUUCCAACAUUUAGAGAAAAGUGGUGGAUUUUAUAAAGAAAGAUGGGGUGAUGCACCAGUUCAUUCAUUAGGGGUUGGAAUGAUGUUAAAUUUGGAAGAUAUUCAUUAUUUUAGAGAUAUUGGUUAUAGACAUACAACCAUUCAACAUUGUCCUAAAAAUCAUCCAAAUCAACUUCCAUAUGUACCCAGUGAAACAUUUGUGAAUAAACUCACCCCUAAGCAAGAAAGAUAUUGGCUUAAUUUUGAUACCCCAGGUACUGCAGGACUGGGAUGUCGAUGUAGAUGUCCAUGGUUAGCACCAGAUGUUGAAUUCAGAAAGCCACGUACCAAGAAAUGGAGAGAAUUAACUAGAGAUUCUUAUACUCCUAGGGAGCUAAUUGAUGUAGAUUUUUGGGAAGAUGAAGCAAGAAAGAAGAUUCAAAUAAAUUUAGAUUCUGGAAAAAAAUUAGGUAAAGAUCUGGGAUUUUAA